AUGCAAUUCUCUACCAUCCUCAUCGCCCUCUUUGCAGGUAUUGCUGUUGCACGCCCUGCUGAUGCCCCACCUCCCCCGGACACUAAGUGCAACUUGUGCCGCCAAGAUUGCUUUUUCGGGAAAGGAAGCAAUGCCGUCUUCGAGAAGUGUUUGAAUACAUGCAAUAAGGACCUCGGAUGCACGCUUACGCCUUAA